AUGUGCUUCGAGACUGAGGACUCUCUCUGCACUGGCCCCUGCGCCGUGGCCACCGGCAACUACCACACUUGCUUCUCUGCCGAGUCUUGCAACUCCCUCGUCCAAAAGCACUGGGAGCAGUGCAGCGAGAGCCAUGAGGUGAACAACUACUACACCCGUAACAUUGAGUACCUGUGUGGCAACAGCGCCGGCUCUGGCUCCAUCCCCACCUCUGGCUCCGGCUCCGCCCCUGGUUCCGGUUCCACUCCGGGCUCUGGCUCCACUCCGGGCUCUGGCUCCACUCCGGGCUCUGGCUCCACUCCGGGCUCUGGCUCCGCUCCGGGCUCUGGCUCCGCUCCUGGCUCCGGUUCCGCCCCUGGCUCCGGUUCCGCCCCUGGCUCCGGUUCCGCCCCUGGCUCCGGCUCUGCCCCUGGCUCUGGCUCCGCUCCGGGCUCUGGCUCCACUCCCGGCUCCGGCUCCACUCCUGGCUCUGGUUCCACUCCUGGCUCCGACUCCGGCUCCACUCCUGGCUCUGGUUCCACUCCUGGCUCCGGCUCCGGCUCCACCCCUGGCUCCGGCUCUGCCCCCAGCUCUUCUGGCUCUGCCCCCAGCUCUUCUGGCUCUGCUCCCAGCUCCUCUGGCUCUGCUCCCAGCUCCUCUGGCUCUGCCCCCAGCUCCUCUGGCUCUGCCCCCAGCUCCUCUGGCUCUGCCCCCAGCUCCUCGGGCUCUGCCCCCAGCUCCUCGGGCUCCGCCCCCAGCUCCUCGGGCUCCGCCCCCAGCUCUUCUGGCUCCGCCCCCAGCUCUUCUGGCUCCGCCCCUAGCCACUCCGGCUCCGCCCCUAGCUCUUCUGGCUCCGCCCCUAGCCACUCCGGCUCCGCCCCCAGCUCCUCUGGUUCUGCUCCCAGCUCCUCUGGCUCCGCCCCCAGCUCCUCUGGCUCUGGUUCCGGUCCCCUGGACUUCCCGGCCCCGGGCUCCCCCAACCUUUGCGAUGGUGCCUACCCUGUCACUCUGGACGAGCUCCAGGCCUACUGUGCCGAGAACUCCCACUCCACUCAGGGUGACUGCGGUGCCAAGUGCGCUUCUGCCACCAACGCCCACUACACCUGCACCUCUACCAGCGAGGAGGCCUGCCGUGAGGUCCUGGAGGCCUACGUGGCCCAGUGCGUUGAGUCUCACCCCGACUCUUACGCUGCCAACAUCGCCAACGAGCUGCUGUGCAACGACGCCAACAGCAUCUUCAAGAGUGCCAGCUACGGUGUCAUGGCCGCCAUCGCCCUGGCUGCCUUCCUGCUCCAGCUGAACUAA